AUGCAAAGCCCAAUUAUCGUCGACAGUGGAACAGAAGACCGUUCGCUACGAUCAGAGCAAUAUGCUGCUGUCGCGUCCAUGCUUAAUCUGAACGCCACCCAUGCCGACAAUGUUUUGGAAACAACACCAGCUCCAACUUCUUCAAACAGCAAUGAGAAUGGUGGGAUGCUUUGGAAGGCUCUUAUUUUCGACAAGUUUGGCCAAGAUAUCAUCUCAUCUAUUAUGCGUGUCAAUGAUCUACGCGAGAACGGUGUCACUGUGCAUAUGCUGCUUUCUCAGGAUCGAUCUUCUCUUCCAGAUGUCCCUGCCGUAUACUUUGUUGAGCCCACAUCCGAGAACGUCAAGAAGAUUUGUGAAGAUAUGAGUCGUGGAUUAUAUGAAUCAUACUACAUCAACUUUUGUUCAACCAUCCCACGUCCUAUUCUUGAAGAACUCGCAUCAACCACAGCUGCCAAUGAAACAUCCGAUCAAGUUACUCAAGUCUAUGAUCAAUACCUCAACUUCAUAUGCACCAAUCCAGACGUAUUUUCUCUCAAUCAAUCGCAGGUGUUUGUCACUCUCAACAAUCCUGGUGCCCCAGAAAGUUUGAUUGAUGAAACGAUUGAUAAGGCCGUCAAUUCUCUCUUUUCGGUCAUUGUCACUAUGGGCGUCAUCCCCAUCAUUCGGUGCCCACGAGGAAACGCUGCGGAGAUGAUCGCUACCAAGUUGGAUAGCAAACUACGUGAUCAUGUCAUGAAUUCACGGGCCAACCUCUUUUCAAACAGCUCAUCCAAUUUACAACGACCAGUAUUGAUUUUGCUGGAUCGUAAUAUGGAUUUGACCCCCAUGUUGAGCCAUUCUUGGACAUAUCAAUCUCUUAUUCAUGAUGUUCUCGAGAUGAAAUUGAACCGGAUCACUAUCGAGGCAGAUGAAAAGAUCAAUCAAACCAGGAAGAGCUAUGAUAUUGAAAACAAGGAUUACUUUUGGAGCCGAAAUGCUUCGAAUCCCUUCCCACAAGUAGCUGAGGACAUUGAUGUGGAGUUGAACAAGUACAAGAGCGAUGCAGCUGAAAUUACGCGCAUGAGCGGUGUUAAUUCUCUCGAAGAUGUCAACCAACUCGACUUAUCCAACAAUACCAAGACUUUGAAAUCUGCCAUCACAGCCUUACCCGAGUUGACAGCAAGGAAAGCUACUCUUGAUUUGCAUAUGAACGUGGCAACUGCACUGCUCAACAAAAUCAAAGAUCGACAACUCGAUACCUUUUUCCAGAUUGAGGAGAACAUUACUAGACAGAACAAAAACUUGUUGCUUGAAGUCAUCCGUGAUCAAGAAAAGAAGAAUCCAGAAGACAAGAUGCGUUUAUUCUUGAUCUACUACCUAUCAACGGCUGAUGAAGUACCAAAGGAAGAUAUGGAUGCAUAUGAAAAGGCAUUGGGAGAGGCAGGAUGUGACAUGACACCUUUGGAGUAUAUCAAACGCGUACGACAGCUUAUGCGGAUGACUUCAAUGAUCUCUUCGCCUUCGGUUGGCCAAUCUUCUGGAUUCUCACAAAAUGACCUAUUCCGUGGUUUUAGCAGUAUUGGCAACAAGCUGACGGAUCGGUUGAAAGAAGGAGGAUUAGGCGGCAGCUUCGAUAAUCUAUUGUCAGGCGUCAAGAAUUUAUUACCUGCACGUAAAGAGCUCGUCAUUAGCAAGAUCGUUGGCGACAUUAUGAAUCCACCACAAAACGAACCAUCCAAGGCUGAUGAUUACUUGUACUUUGAUCCCAAAUUGAGCCGCAACUCGCGUGCGCCACGUCAACACAAGGCUUCUUUCCAGGAGGCAAUCGUUUUCGUUGUUGGUGGUGGUAAUUAUGUGGAAUACCAAAAUCUCCAGGAGAUUGCAAAUCAAAACAAUCAAAAGAAAAAGAUCACGUAUGGAUCGACAGCAAUAUUAUCGCCGCAUGAAUUCUUGGAUCAGCUAGCCACGUUGGGUAGAGAAUCAAAUGCUUAA